GUCAACAGAGUUACGGUGACGUCACAUACACUAUAUAUAUCGCGACCGGGCCUCAACACGGCAUACCGAUAAUUCCUGUUUUUGCUGCGUCAGUGUACGUACGAGCGGGAUUGUCAUUUAGUCUUUCAACUUCUCGAUUUUACACUCGAAAUUUUAAAACAACAUCCAAGAACAAUGUCUCAGAGUCAGCCUCGCCAGAACUUCCAUGAGGAGAGUGAAGCAGGGAUUAAUCGCCAGAUAAAUAUGGAGCUGUACGCUUCGUACACCUACCAGUCAAUGGCGUUCUACUUCGAUAGAGACGAUGUGGCAUUGCCUGGCUUUGCCAAGUUCUUUAGGGAUUCUUCCAGCGAAGAGCGUGAGCACGCCGAGAAAUUGAUGAAAUAUCAAAACAAAAGAGGUGGCCGAAUUGUGCUUCAGGACAUCAAGAAACCCGACAGAGAUGAGUGGGGAACAGGUCUUGAUGCCAUGCAAAUGGCCCUGCAGUUGGAGAAGACUGUCAAUCAAUCCCUGCUUGACCUUCACAAAGUUGCAGGCAGUCACAAUGAUGCUCAGAUGUGUGAUUUCAUCGAGUCGGAAUACCUUGAAGAGCAGGUUCAAGCUAUCAAGGAGGUGUCCGAUCACAUCACCCAGCUGAAGCGCGUGGGGACAGGUCUGGGCGAGUACAUGUACGACAAACAGCUCCAGAGUUAAUUCUCUUCAUACACGCCAGUCCCAGCAGCAACCGUGUUGUUUCUUUCUACCUGUUUAUUUCUUGAACUUACCAAACUUUUUAAAUGAAUCUUUGAUAGACUGGCUCUUAUAAAGAAAAAUGCAAUAAAAAGUGUAAAAAUUU